AUGUCUGGAAAUUCAGAAUCUUCAAACCCUUCUACCCCACCACCAACAACUACUUUCGCUGAUGUUCAUUCUUCAGAGAACCAACCUCUCUUAGAUUGUGAAAACAACAAUACUAUGGUCGCCCAAGUUGCUGGUGGAGGAAGUACUGAGAAGGCCGCGUUGGAGGCGGGAAAUGCUUCCCACAAAUGCAGAAUAAAGAGGAACCGAGGGCCUAGGAUUCAUGGUGUUGCUAACGGAUCAAAGAAAAGAAAACGUAAAAAGGUUUGUAGACAUAUUUGUGGUGAUCAUUUCAGUUCUGUCCGCCGUAUUGGAAUCAAUGCAUUUAAGUAUCCUCACGGACCUUGGAGUAUUGGUGGUGACCGUGUUACUGUCAGUAGUGCUAGCCGUGAUGCACCUCCUGGAAAAAAGCUUGGUCUCAUUGCUUCUAGGAGAACUGGACGUCUUCGUGGACAGGUUGCUGCUGUAGAUGAAGCUUAA